GUGGCGGUUGGGCGUGGGAUCCGGAUCAUAUUACAGUAUCGGCGCUGCGCUCACCCGAGCUCCAGCCUCUCCUCUCGGCCAGCCAUGGCGUCCGCUCUCCCCGCGCUCCUGCUGCUCGCUGGGCUCGUGUUUUUCGCCACUGCUGAUUCGGACUGUGAUGCCUACCUUACCAGCUAUGGCGUCUACAGAGGAUCGCAGGACUGCUCCUUCUAUCAGUUCUGUUGUGGGACUUGUGAUGAGAGAUACUGCUGUUCUGAUUACUCCAAAAAGCUGGAAGAUGACUACUGCGCCUUUGGCUCAAAGAUGAACUCCAUUGCCAUCGGCUCCAUAAUAGGGGGAAUAAUCUUCAUGAUCGUGCUGUUUGUGGUUUGCUGCGUGUGCCCGUGCUGCUGCCUGUAUAAACUGUGCAAGAAACCCAGGCCGGUGCUCACAACCACCACUCACACUACAGUGAUUAGCAGCCAGUACCCACAGCAGCCUACAAACCCUGGGCCCCAGUAUACCAGCCCAGCGUACCAGCAUGUUCCAGCUCAGCCUGGGUACGGAGCUCAGCCGGGUUACCCAGGCCAGCCCAUGCCCCCUGCCCCAUAUCAGGGACAGCCUUAUGCACCAGGAGCACCUCCUCCAUACCACGAGAGCGGAUAUCCUGCUCCAUACAGCCAGGCCGCGUAUGAUGGUGGCCACCCCCCGUAUCCCCUCCAACCGCCCACCCAGCCAGGCUAUGCUCAGCCACCGCCCACAACAGACUACAGUGCCACCCAGCCGCCCUACAACCCCGCCUACGUUGAGCCGCCAAAGACCGGGUACUGAACCACAGGCGUCUGACUGCAGCGUCCGCCGGAUCACACACUCCUACACACUUCCACCGUCCACCACGGAUUUGCCUAAAGAAUUCUUAUACCAUCUAUAUUUACGCAGGACAGUCUCCAGUACACAGCGAGGCAGAGUUUUCCUUUAUUUUCUCUCUUCCCCCCCCUCUUCCCUCUAUUCCCAGCCCCCAUCCCCGGCCACUCACCUUAUUUUCGUGGUCCGGUGCUAUUAAGACUUCUUUUUUUUCCUUCUUUUUUUACGCUUCACAGUAAAUCUGUCCACGACUCCAAGCCAUAUUUUUUUCUUUUUUGAUGUUCUGAAAGGAAAAAAGGGAAUGUAUUGUAUGCAGUGUUUUUCUCAUUGUUUUUUUUUUUUAUUGUACUUUUAUUCUCUUUUUGAUUCGUUCAAUUUGUUUUAACUGCAAAACGUAAAUCAGUUUUUUCCAACGAAAUGAUUAUGUUUGCAGUGUUCACAUGUUUUGUCAAGUUUAAAAAAUGUCAUGGGUCAUGCAAAAUGUCCAAAAUGAUGGAACCUUGUUACUUUUUAAAGAAAGUCUAUUUAAGCUCAUUUUGGAGUCCAAGCAUUUCUAUAGGCCACAUGUUUGGCACUACAAGUCUAAGCUGGAUUUUCAAUGGCAAAAAUCAAUGUUCUAUACUUUCUUUGGAGUUAAAAAAAAAGAAAAAAAGAAAUUGCACCUAUCUCGUUCUGUGGUUUAUUCACUACCAGUCAAAAGUUUGGACAACCCCCUUCUCAUUUUUAUCAUAUAUUUUUUUGUUUUUCUUUACUUUUAUUAUGUGCUACAUACAUUGAUUACAUUGAUUACAUACAUAGAUUGAUAUUGAAGACAUCAGAACUAUAAAGGAACACAUAUGCCAUUAUGAAGUUAACAAAGAAAAACUUAAAAGUAGCACAUUUUGCUUCAAUGACAGCUUUGCUCACUCUUUGCUGAUCCUCGCAGUCACUUCACAACAUAAAACCUGGAAUGGAUCUCCAGCUGUCUUAAAGGAGUUCUAGAGAUUUUGAGCGCUUGUUAAUUUAUUUUCCUUCACUCUGCACUUCAACUCAUCAGAACACAUGGGUUGGGUUUUAUGUCAGGUGUUUAUAAAGUCAAACACUUGUUUAUUUGCUUUUUUGGUUAAUACCAAACUUCAUACAGUAAAACUUAAUAGUUUUAAGGCUUUAAUAUUAAACUGUAGUAAGUUAUACAAAUAACAAAACAAAUAUUAAUGAGAAUGUGUGACCAGACCCUUGACUGGUACUGUACAAAUGUCCAGAACACUUUUUUUUUUUGUUUUGGAUACAUAUUUUAGGCCUUGGUUUAGAACCAGAGGUGCCAAAUAUAUGGGCAAAAUAUUGUGCAGACUAAAAACUGAUGGCAAAAAUUACAAAGACAAUGACUUCAGUGUUCUAUUGGUCUAUUCUCUGUGCAAUUUAAGAAUUUUGACACAGUGGAAGAAUAACUUCUUAGAUUCAACUUGCAUCAAAAAGCAAAACAAGAUUUCUGCAUGGUAAAAACUUGUCAAUAUGUCAUUCUUGGCCUGAUUUGAUCAUUAUAACUAUUACAGUCCCUCAGAAUAGCUACAGACACUGGCUUCUGUAAAAUGUAGUUUAUGCCUACAGCACGGAUAUAUCUACAUUGAACAAGACUGCUGUGGGCAUCCUGUGGUUACAGUGUUAGAGAAGUGUUCCUUACUAUCGUAGGAGUGAGCAAACAGGGCACUCAUUACCAACACAGUUCUCCUUCAGGUGUGUUUAAGCCACCUAAGUGUUGGCAAGUUCCUUCCUACUGUCACAAAGUUCCACAGUUUGUGUGCACUGGUAGGACGUGCAGGCUGGGAUAGUGCUCCGGCUUGCUCAGCUAUUUGCUUUGGCCAAGCUGUGUUGUAGUCGGAUGUAAUUGAUUGGACCUGUUUAGGUUUCUGUUAAAGUUGCCAAGUAAGUGUUGGUUUAGGAACAGGGCACAUUCACACACACAUUGUUUUCAUGGCCACUAGUGCAGAACAUACUGCUCUCUAGUUGAACAGCAUCUUCUGCACUGGUGGCCAUGAGAACAGAGAAAAAGACGAUGCCUUCAACUCAGAUCUAACUCUGUCUAAAUUUUGGGUUCUGUUUCAAAACCUCUCCUUUCUGAAAAAACUUUUACUUUAAUUUAUAUGGGGGCAGAAAUUGAAAUAAAAAAAUAUCUUAAUUAGGCAACUCCACCAUAGUUGUUCUCAUUCAGGAAGUGUGCCUUGGGUUGAAUGUUUAAAAGUUCUUCAUUAGUCAGAGUUUUAACCCUCCUGUUACGUUGCAGGUCACACUGACCUGUUUUGAUAGGUUUAAAAAAUACCAGACAACAAUUUUAAUCAUUUUAAGAGCAUGAGACCUUUUCUGCAAAGCUUAACUGUAUAUUUGUGUAAAGAAUGUGUAAAGGGUAAGUGUCCAGUUUAAUGUGUUCAUAUUAUAUAUUCUAAUAAAUGUUUGUAUUAUGCACAUAAUGUGACUGUCAGUUUAACCCAAUAGUGACGAUACAGGCUUCAGAAGGUUAAAAAAAAAUAAAAUUGAGACCAAAGCAUAUUUUAUUUUGAAUUAUAAAUUGUAACCAGUAAUCUCUUCUGGGUUUUUUUAAACCUUAAAACUACUUUUGGAUUGGUAAAACACAAGCCAGUUUAACCUGGGAAAUUACUGCUGUUCCUUACAGCCGAACGUAACAGGAGGGAUAACAGUGUGGAAACCUGGACAGAGGAAACAGACUUUCUAUGUGAAAAAUAAAUGGAUAGUAAGAAUGGAAUUGUUUCAUAUUUUUCUUAAUUCAGUAUAUCCCUCGUACUGCAGUUUUGACAUUCAGAGCUAAAUUGUAAGAUUACUGAAUGUUGUGUAUGGUAUUGUGUGUUGUAUUAUGUCAUUAUGUUGUGGAAAGCUUAAGGACAUUUUUCAUUUAUCUGUACUGCAUUGUAUCAUUAUCAAUAUCAUUAUAAUUGUUAAACCAAAGGUUUAAGUUUAUACCCCUUAAAGGAGAAACCCGGUGUGAAAUAGACUUGGGUUGUAGUGAAACAUAAUGCAAAUAAAUCUAUAUUUUUACACCAUUAGAAAGGGCUCAAAGUAUCUCCAAAUAUCAAUAGUAGAUGUCAGAGGGCCCUGACAGGCCCUACAAUAAGGCACUGAGAGCUUUAAAGGUGCAUGUAAUUUAUUAAAAAAAGACUGUAUACACACAGUACCUUGAGGUAGUUCUCUGGGUGAAAAUGCUAUUAUACUGUUAGAGAGACAUUUUCAUGGAAUUCAUUUUGUAAUCUGUUCCCAUAUCCUACUCAUUCAUUAAUGCUCAGCAGCCACUUUAUUGUGACUUAAGAUUUAAAGAUUGCGAAGCCCAGGGGACUGUGUGUAUAAACAGUGAAUAUGCAGGUAGUUAGUAUUAAAAAAACAAAGUUCUUAGUGCCUCGUUUUAAGUGUCAAUAUCCUCAGAAUUUUACCAAUGAAGUGUGACGCUACUUUAAAUGUUAGAAUGCAGUAUUUUGGAAUGUCAUGAAAGAACAGAGACGAAUUAUUCGACAAAAGUUCUUACUCGCCUUGUUUCACCACAACCCAAGUCUAUUUCACACUGGAUUUCUCCACCAAGCGAUUGUAAGAACUACACACCAACAUUUACACUGUUCUAGGCCUGUCACAAUAGGUACAUUUUUGACUUAUAAUUUUUGACAUAAUGUUUGCUGACCUCUUUCCAUUAGUCCAUUAACUUACACCAGCACGCAGAUUAAAAAACAAUUUUAAUAUUCAAAUACCAGUGUAUGCAUAUUCAUAAAAACAAAAUUCACUGUGUUAUGAUAUUAGUGUAUUAUCAUUAAAUCAGUGAAAUAAUUUAUUUCUGGAACAGUAUAUGGUGCAGAAAUAGUUAUUGUGACAGGCCUACAUUGUUCUGCAGAUGCAGGUGUACAGAGAUGUAGCUCCUUUUUUUAUGAAAAAAGUUCUGCCUGUUUUGCCUUAACCGGGUCGUUGUGGGCGUCUGUGAAUGUUUUUCUGAACUCUCAGUAUUUACGUUUUGUUUGCAUAAAGAUAAGCAUCCAGAAUAUGCCUUAUUUCAUAUUUCCUGUUAUGCAGUGUUGGAUGAGGUGGUAAAGCAUGCCAGCCUUUCUCCAGCGUCUGUCUAAUAAAAGGGGUUGCCACCA